AUGAACGGUUGUGCAAUAAUUACACUGUUGACAAAUAUUGGCACCAUAGCUUUUGCAAGACAUGAUCUACCGAUGGAUUUCAAUGAUAUGGUGGUUUAUGCUAGACCUGGUGAUGCGAUGCAGCUAAGCAAACUUAAUGUGUACGAUAAUGAAGAUUUAAAAAUUAAUUGUGGCAAAACGCGUCGGCAAUGGCUUUCUUCACCAUAUAAAAUCUCGGCUGGAUCAGCUGCAAAAUUAGGUCAAUUCCCAUGGGCUGUAGCAUUAACCAUUAUCAAUCAGGAGCAUUACAAUUACUGUGGUGGAUCGAUCAUCUCAAAGCGACACAUCCUUACAGCAGCACAUUGCAUUAUGAAAUACGAAAGUCACCAAUUGCCAUGCAUAUUUGCAACAAAUCUGGACGAUAUAACUCGAAUCGCAGUACGAUAUGGUGGAGUAUGCUUACGAAGCCAUUCUCCACCAUGUGACGGAGAGCUAUGCAUGACAGCUAGAAUUCGCAAAAUUGCUGUUCACAAACGGUACGCUGCAUCAGUUUUUUUGAAAUUAAAUUUAAGACCAAAUAGCAUCACUAUUUCACUUUAUAGUGAUACCAUUCAAAUUUAG